GCAAACCGCUGCUCCGGUGCGGCGCCCAUGAGCUGCCGGUUCUACAAAGAGCUGGACGCAAUACUUGGUGGCGACCCCACCUCCACUGUGACGGCCACAGUGGAUACUUUGGUGGCUCACGUGCCAGUCGAGAGUGGACCGAGCCAGGAGGAGGAAAUCUUGGAUGAGGAUGCGGAGCAGGACCCAGAGGCAAAGCUUGACUCGGAGGUCAGAGCUGCAUGCAGCCAGGAGCUCUUUUCUACCCUGGAGGACGCUAGCCAGUCACAGCUGUCGGAGCUUGGCGAAGAUCAAACAGGAGAGGAAGCCCCUGAUGACGUUAGUAUGACUAUGGGCCAGCCUGGGGCGGUAGUGGCAGCUGCUGCAGGAGUCCUAGUUCUUCUCCUCUACUCCUCCAUCCAUAAAGUUGAUGAGGGCCACCUGGCAGUGUAUUACAGGGGUGGUGCCUUAUUAACCAGCCCAAGUGGACCAGGCUAUCACAUCAUGCUCCCAUUCAUUACCACCUUCAAAUCAGUGCAGACAACAUUGCAAACUGAUGAAGUAAAAAACGUGCCUUGUGGGACGAGUGGUGGGGUUAUGAUCUACAUUGACCGAAUAGAAGUUGUGAAUAUGUUAGCACCAUAUGCAGUGUACGAUGUUGUGAAGAACUACACUGCAGACUACGAUAAGACCCUGAUCUUCAAUAAAAUUCACCAUGAGCUGAAUCAGUUCUGCAGUGCACAUACCCUCCAGGAAGUGUACAUUGAGCUGUUUGAUCAGAUUGAUGAGAAUCUGAAGCUGGCCCUGCAAAAAGAGCUGAAUGUCAUGGCGCCAGGUCUCACCAUCCAGGCUGUGCGUGUUACAAAGCCCAAAAUCCCAGAAGCCAUCCGAAGAAACUUCGAACUAAUGGAGGCUGAAAAGACCAAACUGCUCGUAGUAGCACAGAAGCAAAAGGUUGUGGAGAAGGAGGCGGAGACGGAGAGGAAGAAGGCUCUCAUAGAAGCUGAGAAGGCGGCUGAGGUGGCCAAGAUUCAUUAUCGACAGAAACUUAUGGAGAAGGAAACAGAGAAGAGAAUUUCUGAGAUUGAAGAUGCUGUUUUGCUAGCAAGAGAGAGAACAAAAGCUGAUGCAGAAUAUUACACGGCUCGGAAAAUGGCUGACUCUAACAAGCUGAAACUCACGCCAGCAUAUCUGGAGCUGAAGAAGUAUCAGGCCAUCGCUGCCAACAGCAAGCUGUAUUUUGGUAACAGCAUCCCCAGCAUGUUUUGUGAUUCCUGCACCUUCAAACAUGUGGCUGUGAGGACCGUGCCAGAAGCCAGCCUCCUUUCAAAGGCGGAUCCUGCACUCUCUGGGGAAAGCCACCUCAAAAAACCAGAGAGCACAGGCUGAUGCAAGAGGUGGAAAAGCUUCAGCAAGCUCUGGAAGAAGGGGCUGCAUCAUGCAGACCAGUGUCCUUCCCUAGUGUGCUACAGGGGUGCAGCCUGCCCUCUGCCAUGUCCCAGUGGGGCGGACACAGCACACACAGCCUCUUUCUACACAGAUGUGACAAUUGGGUUGAUUUCUUUAAGCAACAACUGUGUUGAGAGCUCUGCCUUUCCCUUUUCUCACUCCCUGUUUGAGCUGGUGCUUCCGAAUGAGGGACAAUCCUGUACUUAAACCUGUCUAUACUGGAAUAUUAAAGGACAGAAGCCAGGGAGCCUUCUGCAGGAGGUGCAGUUCUUUAGAAGGCCUGUGUUCUGCAUUACCCUUGUGGCAGGAGGUUUGGCCUAGGGGUCCUCAAGGGUGCUGGGCGAGUGGGAUGGAAAGCCUGGUCGUUUUGCUGCCUGCACCCUGAGGCUGGACCAACUCGUUAACCUCCCUCAUACUGCUCUUAGGCCUGUUGCUCAUCUAGAUGUAAACUUAAUUUCUUCUUGUAAAAUGCUACUGACUUUUGUCUGGUUCAAGCCUCACCAUACACACCUGCUCAGCUCCUUAGAUGCCAGAGGCUAGAGGCCCAGCUAGGAUGGGUUUGGUGACAAGUAGAUUUUUUUUUAAAAAAAAAUAGGAACCAUAAUAGCUCUAAUCCUUUCUGUAGAUAGCAACACUAACUGCUGUGAACUCGGCACUAGUCUAUAAUGGUAAUGCCGUGCUAGCUGGGCCGCCUGUCUCCUUAGCUGCCCUACGUGCAGUGAAGAUAGUGUUCCGCUCUUUGUGCUGUAUGGCUCUGUCUCCUUCCAUCCAAAGAUGCGGAUUGAGGAGCAGGCAGCAUAUGGCGCCAGGUACUGAGGGCAAGGGGACAGACUUGUGAAACCUGCCCCAACCACAUACGCCUCUGCCACCCCCCCAGCCUCCUUCCAGUUAGCUUUGCCUCCUCGCCCUGGGAGGGCUGCUACCUCUGCAUCUGGCAGACAAAGGGAGGAGAGCAAGUGUAGAUGCAGGACGCAGGAGACAGCGCUCCCAGGUCUGUGGCAAAGUGCCAUGUUUACGCACACACUGUGGCAAAGUGCCAUGUUUACGCACACACACACACACACGACUCAGUUGGCUGUCCUGCUGUCCACCUCUCUGGUGCUGGGUUGACCCACUGUUCAUUCUGCCUCCAAGCAGGGAAUGGGCUCAACCUGCUGCUUCAGCUCAGUCUUGCUCCACCACUUCCGCGGCGUUGCCCCAGGGUGCCAGCAUCAGGCAGCUGAGCUUCUGGGGUGGGAGCUCUGCAGCAGCAGCUCCCAACUGGAGUCGUUUAAUUUGGGGGCGUUCUGGUUUUGAAUGAAGUAUUGUCGCUUCCCCAGAGAGCAGGCGCUCAGUGUGAACAGCUCCUGUCGCCCAACCCAUUGUCUGUCAGCAUUUUUGACCAUCCGUAAUGUCAUCAACUGACCAGUGCUGCUUCUUGGGAUGCUGCCUGCUAGUGGCACAGGAAAGAAGCCCCUUGCUGGGGAUACUGUGCUACAUCUGCUGUCUGCCCCUUGACCCACUGUCCUAGGAUGGGGGGAAUUCCUACAGGAGCUGUGCUUGGUGUAGUCUCCUCCCCUCCCUUCCAAUGGGAGGGCCACUGUUCAGGUGGUAUUUCACAUACUGUUGUGUAGACACUUCCUUUUUAAGUCCUGGAGUGUGUGAGAAGGGGUGGGGCUUAGAUCACUGGGGUUGGUUCCAGAAUGUCUUGCCUCCCAUCUGGCCCUGACCCUGCUCUACUAAGGUGGAAAAAGAGCAGCCUCAGCCACCAGAAUUGGAGUCUACGUGCUCGUCCCACCCUGCGGGCUCCAUGGGCUGCACCAGCCAACUCAGCACUGCGGGUGCUUCCCAGAGAUGCUGGGUACCUGCAUCUUGCCCUGCAGUUGACGUUGCAGGGAGUGUGGAGCUGGCGCUUGCCUGGGGAGGGGGCCAGACCCAGGACUUGGGGCUUGUCUGGGGAACGUGCUCUGUAUUUUUUCCUGAAUGCUAAUAAUUUACCUUGUUCUCUGAAGUAUUCAGUUCAAGGUUUAAAAACCUGAACCUGCCUUAGCACCUGCUGAUGGCCUCCUGAGUGGGCACAGGGCUCUCACCAGGGACUGGCCCCCACACUGAUUUUUGUGCCGAUUUAACUAUUUUACUCGGGGAGGUGGGGGGGGAGUGUUUCCCCGGUUGAAAUAGUUAAAUGAGUGUGAGCCCUCGUGUGGGCGCUGUUACACUGGUGUGAAGGUUCCCCUUCCUCUGCAGGACUAGCAGUACCGCUCCAACCUCCUUUUUCUGGGUAUAGUUGUGGCCACACUCGGGGAGUUGGCCUGCUCUGUCUUACUGUGAGUGGGGUACAAUUUGUAUGUGGACAGGGCCUGAGGCUUGGCGCUUUGCUUCUGGCAUUUCUGUUCUUCCUUGUGUCUGCAGAUCUCAUGUGGCCAAACGGCUGUUCUCUCCUAGGCAUUGCUCCCACGCUGUGCUGCCUCACUCCCCUGGGGGACAGAUGCCCCCUUUCUACUUUGCAGCAUGUUCCCUUUGAGUCUCACUGGAAUAGCUAGCUAGCUAUUCUCAACCCACUGCCCCUUCUGCAGCAUUUCUGCCUUGGCUUUGUUCAGCCGGAGUGCAGCAUGCAUCUCUUGGAGGAUGUCCCCCAGCAUGAAUACGGUGUGCUUUACAGACCUGUUGCUCUGCAGUCACUUUGCUGUUGGCUUGUCAGCUGUUUGGGGUGCACUCCCUGGCUCCCAUUUAGUUGCUGGAGUUAGAGUAUUCUCUUGCCCAGAUACUUUCAAGCUACUACCAAUAGGAAGGGAAGGCCCUGUGACUCCUUGUGCAUUGGGCUGUCAGCAUUUGCUUUGCCAGUCUCUUAGAGCCCAGCUAAGGUGGGAACCAAGGAACAAUUAGCCACCUGAGGAUUAAAAUGCCAUGUAGCCUCCUGGAGCCAGGCAGCAGCAGAGACGGCACUUCAUCUUGGCUGGGAGUUUGUGCACUCCUGCAGUUUCUGGGGUGAGGAGAGAUUAACGUUACCAGAGUGCCAUUGGCCCCUUGCCCCACUGUGAUAAGAUGGGAGAAGAGCAGGCUCAUCCACCCUGCUGGCUCCAUGCUGAGUUGAAUGGCACAGUCCUGCCAACCACUCCCUGGCAGUUCCACCACCUCGUGGAGAGAAGCCAGGCAUUGCCAAGCAGCCUGUGGCCAGGUGGACUUGUCAGAGACUUUGAAAUAGCAGCCUCUGAAUCUGCAUCCUGGCCAGGAAGCACUCGCCUGCUCUGUUGUUGAAGGUCUGCUAGGUGAGAUGGCCCUGAGCCCCCUCCUGUAAUGACCAGCAGCCACAGGACACUGGGUCUCUCACCCUUGAUGAGUGCUGCAGAGCCGAGGUUGGAGGGAGAGUGCUGCAGUGGCUGCAGGUGGUCCUGGGGAGGUACUCCUAGGCAAGGACUGGCUAGGAAGAAGAUUGGACCAAGUGGCAGUAAAAGUUGACUGAGUCAGUGGCUUGGAGUGAGGACUGGUGAGGAAGGGCUUUAAUAGGGCAGACAAGAGCUUGUCUUAGAUGUGGUAGUGAAAGGGGAGAUAGUGGAGGGGCAGAGUGGGUGAGAUGGAGUCAGUGAUGAGUCGAGAAAUUGAUUUUGUAGUCUUGUUCUGCAUUUGUGUAAGGGGGAUGAGGUGAGACGGGAGGAGACUACCAAGACAGAAUGGGUCACAGGACAGGUCGUGAUGUUAGUGGUGGUAAUGAUUUAAAUUUAGUUUCUUGCUUUUAAAAAGAUUCUGUCUGAUUGAAAGAUUUCCUUCAGCUUAAAAUGGGGAUAGUUUCCAGUCUCCCACACUGUACUGGGCACUGCCCUCUAGAGGUUGCUUUGAGGAGUAACCAAUUCCUGCUCCCUGCUAUUAAGGACAGUCACUGCCCUGUGCUUAUGGCCUCAGCCAAUUAACUGCUUUUGGCGAACGUAGCUGUGUCCUGUCCUAUGUCCAGGUUGCAAAGAAGGCUGCUGGAAUAGAAGAACCCUUAAGAGAAGGGUUGAGGGAGAGGCCUGUCUCACCUGCCUCCAUCCUGAUCUAUGCUUCCCAUGUAACCCUCCUCCCUGUGGCCAGUUCCUGACGUGGCUCAAGCCAGGACUGUUUGUAGCCAAAUGUCAGACAAUGGCAAACCCCCCUUAACGCAGUGCUGAAGAAUAGGUCGUGUGAGCAAGGGGGUGCAAGUUGCUCAGGCUGUGCCUCACCUUGUUCACACCAAUCAGUUCACUUAGAUGUCACGUCGUGGGCUCAGGCCAAAAUUGGUGGAUGGGGGUGGGAGUGUGUGAGGGGAGGGAUGUCCCCUGUUGGCAACGGGUGCUGGCUGCAGUGUACUAGAGCCCUCGUCAUCUCUCCUCAGCCCAGGCCAAAUGUCUCCCUUGCUGCCCCAGGGCUGAGGGGGGAGUUUAGUCUGGCUCAGGCCUCUGCUGAGACCGCUGGCUAGCAGGGUAGACUGGUUGACAUCUUUGACUCUGUCCCCAGGGAAUUACUCUCUGUACCCUCCCAUUUCCCCAGGCUGCUAAGCAUGCAUCAAGCUUGGUAUCAGCACCCCAGCCAUAGGCCAAGCAUCUGCUUUCAAGGUCUCUGUGCCCCAGUCCAAGUUCUGAGCUGUCCAGUUUCCCAGCUGUGGGCUACACUAGUCUUCAUUCCUGGGGCCUGCACUGUGGCAGGAGAGCAAGGUCACAAGUACAAACCGUACAAGCUAUGACUGAACAACAUCUGCUCCAGCUGUUUGAAAGUCUGCUGCAGGCACUGGUGCUUGGCAGCUGUGAGCAGGGUUCUGUGCCCAACGGAGUUUUCACUGACUGAGGCUGAGUGGGAGCUUGGUGUCUAAGGGAUGAUGGCGUAGCCUGCACUCUCUCGGGUGGCUAGGUGUACAAGGCCUAUGCAUUGCUGUAAGAGCGGACUUUUUCUUCUCCAGCUCCAGGAGGCAGGCAACAGCGCACAAAAGCGCAAUGGCUGGCUCUAUAGCCAAUGGGUGAUGCUAGAUUCAGUGUGCCUACAGCAAACGGCCCCUUCGCCUCAGGAGGGCAGGUGCUCCCUGGGCAGUAAUGCUCCUUCUAAACUUCUGUUCACUUGGGGCUUCAGUCUGCUGCUAAGGAGGGAGCUGCAGGUUGGACUUGGCCCGUACAGCCCAGCUGGGCUUUAGAUGUGCUCUUUAUCUGGCUUGAAAUGUAUGCAUCAGAUACUCACUCUCCCUUGCUUGGUGCAUUGUGCUUUUUGUACAUUUCUCUUUAAGAGUGCCUGAGGCUGUUCCCAAGGGUUCAUUGUCCCUUGGCAAUACUUGAUCAGUACUUGCUGCACUAAACAGAAAUCUCCUGUUUUCUUAAGCAACAUUUUAGGCUCCACAUUCUGAUCACUUUUACCUACUCUAAAAUCCUGUCCAUGACAUGCUGGUUGUAAGUGAGACAGUUGGCUUGAUCAGCAGGGGUCACUUGUGCAUUACAGUUCAAAUUCUCACAGGGCUCAUGGGCUGGAAAUUACCUGUUCGAAAAUGAAUUUUGAAGUGUCCACAUUUUGAGAUCGUAAACAACUUUCCCUCCAUGAGCUGCUGGAUUGUGGCCCUGGGGCCUGGACAACUUUCUGUGGAAUUUACUUUUUUAAAAAUUAUUCACAUUUAUAUGGCAAAAUGUUAAUUUUUUGGAUAAGAAUAAAAUUAUUUUGAUACCAUG